AUGGCAAGACCAGCAGAUAACCAGAUUCCUCCAAAAUUCGAGAUUUCGGAUUUAAGCAUCCAACUUGGCAAUCCGCUUUACCCUGGCGCUGUUCGAUGUGUCCAGGCAUACUGGAAACAGGCAACAUCAAUGACUCCCGACCAACGUGAUCAAUACUUGUUGUAUUUACAGAGCAUGGACCAAAGGGAUUCUUUCGUAGAGCCUUUGCUAGGGGAGAAUGUGACUUCUUUGGUGAUGUUUCAGCGAUUUUGCAGUUUGAGUGAUGGAUUUCCCUCCAAAAGACUGUCAUGGCCAGCUUACCUGUUUCUCUCAGCCUGGUAUGUAUACCUGCCAACAGAGUACAUAGCCAAAAUCGAAAAUCUUCACGGCACCUCCUUGAUCCAAGAUCAUACGGCCAAGUACCGAAGCAUUUAUCCAGCGCCUCCAGAGGUUCCAUGGAAGCCAGAAGUGGUUGAAGCCAUUGUGUCCAGCCAGCAGCCGAAUGCUAUUGCGCCCAUCAUGAAGAAUUGCUCAGUCGCGCCAGCUUCAACUCAGAAGCAAAAUGGAGCACUGGAGCAGCAAACGGACAAUGUUGCAUCAACUUCAUCUGGCAACCAACCAAAAAGUACUGCAGCCAAAAAGAAAAAAGACAACAAAUCACCAGCCCCGACAUGCCAGCAGCAAAAUGAUACACCUACCAAGAAUAAAGAUCCUGCAACACCAGCCGCGACUAAGCAGCAGCAUGCUACGCCUAAGCAAGAGAAGCCUACUGUUGUGCGAGCCUCAGCCAACAUCCAGCAACAAAAUGUUGCUCCCGCACAUGGCAACAAUGAACAGACACUUGCUUCUACAAGCAAGCAAGAGAAUACUACAUCCGCGGUAGUUGAACUUCCGCCGGCAACUCCAACAACACCGCAGUCUGUGGGAGCGGAAUCAUGGAACAUUGACAAUGUUGUCGGCAUCUUGAGCGAAUCGAAAAAGAAGCGGCUCCUCUCUCCAGCCGAAAGCUCCUUGAAGCGAACAAGAGUGAACGACAAUCAGCAAGCAACAAUCACCAAAAGCGCUCUCGAGAAGUUGCAGUCUACUGUGGAAGACCAGGGUGCCAAAUUGCAGGAGGCUUGCGCUGCAGCUGAACAGAACAAGCAGACUCUUGACAGCAUGCAGAGCGAAUUGCGCCAAUUCAUGUCGGCGGUCGCCUCGACGCUGCGAGACAUCAAAGAUCAUCUAGAGGAGUGA